GGCGCUGCGGUCACAUGACUCCGCGCCGGCCGGUCGUUCAGUCGCCUCACGCUUCAACGUUUCGUACUCGUGUUGUAACUUGUGAGCCUGUGACUUGUGCUGUUUUGUGAUAGAUGAGUGUGAUUGUGAUGAUAUCGUGUUCCACUGUGAAUUUUGAAUAUGGAAACGCAUCAUUACUGGGAGGAGAACGGGCACACCGUUAAAUACGACAACUACAACUCAAACGAUGGUUUCGGGCGACCAGGGGAGGUGCACUACGCGCCGCCAUCAGAGGACGAGGCGGAGUACCCGCAGGGCGCCUACCUCAAGAAGGGCAAGGUCUCGAGGCAAGACCCGAUGUCGCAUCGGAUUAUCGAGAAGCGGCGGCGAGAUCGGAUGAACAACUGUCUGGCGGAUCUGUCCCGUCUCAUACCGCCAGAGUACUUGAAGAAAGGCAGGGGAAGGGUUGAGAAGACUGAAAUUAUAGAAAUGGCUAUUCGCCAUAUAAAGUUCUUACAGGAUAGAGUUAAUGCUGCUGAGGGCCAGGCGCCGGAGCCCUAUAGGGUGGGGUAUCAGGAGGCGGUCGGCGAGGCGGUGAGAUUCCUGGUGGAAGUUCAGGGGUUCGGCCCCGCUGACGGCUUGUGCGUGCAGAUGGCGGCGCAUCUACAACGACACUGUGAGAUUGUUACUAAAGCAAACGGAAGCGUUCCCCGGGAGAAGAUCAGGUCCCACAUCGGCGGUUCCUCGUCGGAGACGGCGAGCUCGUCCAGCAGCUCGCACGGCUACGUGAUGAAGGGCGUGAUCCAGCGGCCGGAGCCCCCGCCCUUCUCGGAGCCCUACGAGCCUGAACACCCCGCGGACAUGUACCAGAUGGAGUGUGAUAGAAUGCCAGUCCCGCUGUUGCCAGUGGACUUGCCGGCGGACGAGCCCCUACCUCUCGACAGGCAUAAGCGCGACUUACGCAAAGUGCGCAAGCCCGACCACGAUGACUACUUACACUCCUACAAGUUUAAGAAUUCCAUAGAGCGACGGUUUUCAAGGUCGCAAGAUUCGGAGGCAGCUGAGAAUGGUACGCGUGGUCCUCGCGCGUUCACGAAGCGGCGGCGUGCGAAUAAACCCGUACCGGCGUCGACGUCGGCAUCCACUUCCGGUUCCACGGAGGACGCUAGAGACACUUCGCCACAGGACACGUCGAGCGAGUCGCCGCACCACCACCAGUAUGAGAAGCCGCUGCCUACGGCGCAGCAGUUGGUACCAGUUUUCGCGUUGAAUGCGAUAGGUAAAUACUACGUGCCGCUAUGUGUGGAGCGCGCGUGUUUAUCGCGGAACGGCGCGUGGGAGGGCACGGGCGCGGCGCCCCUUCACCCCGUCACCAUCCACGUCAACUUCACACCGUGCGGCGCUUGCGUCAAGCGCGAGCCGGAUUGGCGCCCCGGAUAAACUGCUAAAGCCAGGAGAUAACUGGUGCUAAGCCAGUACAAUUAAAAGUAGCUUGUCUACUCCAGUAUCCCAGUAGCUCAACGGUUCGACGCCUAUGUUAUACAACGGAUGGAUAAAGGUGUUAAUGCUGGAUACACGGUGCGAGCUGCUUAGCCAGUAGCAGUGGAUUUAUAAAUAUGUCGUAUUUGCCUAGGGGCGGCAGCGUCCUGGGGGGGGGGGGGGGGUCUGCGAGUUGCUGCGUUGCCGCGUCAAAUAAUAAUCUGUCCCGCUCGCACUAUACAUAUACUCCCUAUACUCUUGCGAGAAGUGCAGAGGGCGAGAUUUCUUCGGCGCCAAGGGUGCUGGUAGUGCUAAAAAGGCGGCGCCCCUUUUUAUCCCCUCCCCCCUACGCCGCUACUGGUUGCGAGAACUCUGUACUCUGAAAAAGUCGAGUUAGCUCGACGAAGGUUGUAAUGUGGUAAAUAAUCGCGAACAUUGCCCAUAAGAAGCUCGCUGGGUAUCUUAUGAGAAUACGCGAUAGCCUGAAGAGAGACAAAAAACCAUGGAUAUGGUGGUGAUGUCAGGUUUGAGAACAAUAUCCAGAGUGACGUGUAGUACUAAAAUAGCCACUGCCUGCUUUAAAGGUGACAAUUUUAAACAUUUAUACAAGUGGGUACAGAACUAGUCUAUAGGCUGCUACAUUUCUAACUUGGUGACUUCUAGAAUUCCAGAAUAAAUUGUACAAGUGUUAUAGUUAAUAUAAAAAAGAUACAGUUAUUAGAUAAUAAAAAUUAUAUUAGGUGUUGCAGAAUAUAACCGUAUUUUAAUAUUGGACCAUGACGGUAAUCAAAAAACUUAGCUGAGAAUAGUUUAAAAACUUUGGGAUUGUUAAUGCAUAUUAAGUAUAUCUAAGAAUACCAAUAAUCCAAACCAGGAAACAAGUCAUAAAACUUUAAAUUACGACACUCACGGAGGUUUAGUGACUUCUUAACUUUUAAAAUGUAUAAAUAAAGUCAAAAUCUUAGUUAACAUAAGUA